AUGACUUACACGGUAGGUGAAAUCGAAGUUCUUCAGCGAAAGAUCGGGAGCAGUGAUGACCCCGCCGCGAAACAUCCAUCUGGGCAGAGCUCGCCAAAAACAACAGUGUUGCAACCAGGUUUUCGAAGGGAAGAAGAUUGUCGCUCUAUCCAGGCACCUACCAUUUGGGAGAGCGAUAUAAAGGUCCCACUGCGAGAUGGAUCUUUCCUCCUGGCUGAUAUCUUCCGCCCAGUGGACGCAGAGGAUGUUCCCGCUAUCCUUGUUUGGUCUCCAUAUGGCAAGACGGGCACAGGAAUCCUUUCUCUUGAUGUGACCGAGGGCCGAGUGGGAAUUCCAAAAGAGCGCCUCUCUGGAUUUGAAAGCUUUGAGGCUCCCGACCCUGCAGAAUGGGUGCCUUAUGGAUAUGCGAUAGUGAAUGUAAAUGCCAGAGGAAUCCUGGGCUCUGACGGUGACCAUAGAUGGCAUGGAACAUCGGAAGGUCAAGACGGCUACGAUGCUAUAGAGUUUAUUGCAUCACUUCCAUGGACGAAUGGACGCAUCGCACUGAUGGGGAAUUCAUGGCUCGGUUCAUCUCAAUGGUUUAUUGCGGCCGAACAACCUCCACACUUAUCUUGCAUGUUGCCACUUGAGGGCCUCAGUGACGUUUACAGAGAGUCUCUAUGCCGAGGUGGCGUGCCGUAUAAGCCAUUUUGGACAUUUUUGAUGGGGAGUCUGUCUGGAAACAACAAUCAAGAAGAUGUUAUAGCCAUGAUUGAUCGUUAUCCUUUGAUGAAUGAGUACUGGGAAGACAAAAGAGCAAAGUCUCACCUCAUCAAAGCUCCUGCUUAUGUCCUUGCAAGUAUGUCGAGUGCACUGCACACCAUUGGGUCACUUCGGUCAUUCGAAGAUAUUCCCCAUGAAGAGAAGUGGCUGCGAAUGCACCCCACACAGGAGUGGCACGAUCUCUACCAAGAAGAUAGUAUCGCAGAUAUGAAAAGAUUUCUGGACUUCUACACCAAAGGCAUUUCAAAUGGCUGGGAGAAGACACCGCGCGCCCGUAUCUCCGUUCUGCGAUUUAACCAACCCCCGUUCAAGAAUAUACCCUAUUCCCAGUGGCCUAUCAAGGAGGCAGAGUACCAGAGUCUUUACCUGUCUGCAAAUAACCUCUUAGCAGAAAGCCAAUCGGCGGCUGUACCGGGAACUGCAUCUUACCAGGGAGAUAUAGUUGGCCAGCAAAUGGAUGACGACCCUGAGAAAAUCUUGUUCCGCCACACAUUUCAAGAAACAACCAGACUAAUCGGGACAUCCAAAGCUACCCUGUGGCUCUCUUGCCAGGAUCACAAUGACUUUGAUGUGUUUGUUCAAAUUCGGAAAGCUGACCGGUCUGGCAAGAUUCUCCGCAACGUAAACAUACCGUUGCAGGAGCUCGGUGUAGACUCAGAAGCGGAAGUCCAGACUGUGAAUACACUCAAAUACCUUGGACCCACUGGAAUCCUGAGGGCUAGCCAUAGAGCCUUUGACCCAAUAUUGAGCAAACCACACUGGCCGGCGCACGACCACAGCAAACUUGAUUUGGUCCCACCCGGUGAAAUCGUCAAGUUGGAGAUUAGCCUGUGGCCAGCAGCCAUUCAAUUCGAACCUGGUGAGCAACUGAUACUGAAGGUUGCUGGUCACCAUAUGACACUGGCGGAAUUUGAGCCCCUAAGGGGCGGUUUUGUCACUGGAAAUAAGGGACGACAGGUGCUCUAUUUUGGGGGAGGAUAUGAGAGUAAACUUGAGAUCCCAUGCGUCCGGGGCUAA